CCGGAUGUACGAUACAACUUCCAGAAGGAUACUUCUUUAGUCAACCACACACCAUACGAGUACGGCAGUGUCAUGCAAUAUGCCACCACCGCAUUCGCCUCAAGUGGGAACUCGAUGACACCUCGCACAGCUGGAUUUGGCCGCACCAUGGGAUCGCAAGUUGUCUCAUUUUUCGAUAUCAGAAUGUUAAAUAUCUUCUACCAAUGCAACGGUAAGUCACGAAUUCAGCUAUUUUUGUCAUAUUUUCCAUGA